AUGCACAUAAUCGAACCUCUUGGAGGACCUAGAAAGCCAGAUCAACAAAGAGACUGCCAAAGCGAAAACGCUCGGGACUAUAGUGGGAAAAACAAGAAGAAGACUGACAUCAGGGAACAAUGCGAGGUGGAAGACAUCUUAGCAUUAUCAACUUUAUUAGCUGUAGCCUUCGGCGCCAGCUUAGAAGUCAACAACCCGAAAAUAAUCCCAAUUAUUAGCCAAGAAAGUGAACUAUCUAUCGAUGGUAACUUCCGUUCAUCUUUCGAAUCAGCGAACGGAAUCAAAGUAUCUGAACAAGGAGUACAAAAGAAUGCCGGAACCAAAGAUGCUGCCUCUGAGGUAGUUGGAACUGUCGAAUGGAAAAGCCCGGAAGGUAUUCCAGUUUAUUUGAAGUUCAUCGCUAAUGAAUUCGGUUACCAACCUGAAGGAAAUCUCCUUCCUACUCCUCCAGUAGAUAACAAUACUCCUCCACCAAUCCCACCAGCAAUCCUUAGGUCUUUAGAAUGGAAUGCUGCUCAUCCUGAAGAAGAUGAGGACCGUAACAAGCGUCAAUAGAUAUGAUUAUAUAUAAAUAUA